CGUAUUCGCAUAGGCCCAUUACUCUAAUUACCCUCAAAAGCGUUUUUAUUCUUCUCACUCAGGCAGCAAACCCUCGUAUUCGGCAGCCGCGAUAUCAUCUUCUUAUAGCCACUCGAAAAUGACCAAGAGAACCAAGAAGGCCGGUAUUGUUGGAAAAUACGGCACCCGAUAUGGUGCUAGUUUAAGGAAACAAAUCAAGAAGAUGGAAGUUAGUCAGCACAGUAAAUUCUUCUGCGAGUUCUGUGGAAAGUAUGCUGUUAAGAGGAAGGCUGUGGGUAUUUGGGGCUGCAAAGAUUGUGGAAAAGUGAAGGCUGGAGGUGCUUACACAUUGAAGUAUACAUCCAAAACUGAUGAGCUUCAUCAGCUUUCAACCUCAUCAUAUGGAUGAAUGCUGGAUUGUUGGUUGGUGAUGUCUCUUGUCAUGGAACUUGUCAAGGUAUUUCUCAAAGAUACUCCUAAGAGAAGCCAGAGGAUGGUUCUAGAUGGUACUUUUCUAGGAAGAAGAUUGAAAGAAAACUCACCAUGACACCAUCCGAACAAGAUGGCAUAGAUUUGAAGAAAGACACUCACCUAUGCAAAUCAUAAUGUUUGGGCUGUUAUCGGACUAUCUGUAGCUGUCUUAAUGCUCAAAAUGUUCAAUUUUUCACGGUGGGGUGUGUGUUGGUCUAGAGGCUUUAAUGAUUUAAUUUUUGAAUCCAACUCUAAAACAAACACCAGGUUGAUUCUUUUUUUUUUUUUUUGUAAACUAAGAUAUUCCUCAACCCGAAAGAUAGAAACAAUUUUUUUAGAUAUUGAGAUCCAUUUAAAGAGUUGUCCUAACUCUGUUGUCUCAGAUGAUUCACUCUAUUAGAAAAAUUGUUCGGAGGGGUGGAAGUUUC